AUGACAAGCUGCUAUUUUGCCAUCAAACAAAAGACAAACUCAAUACCAGCCGCAGGGUGCGAUCCCCGCGGCAUCCUCCGGGGCCGGUUUGCUGAAUGCUGCAGAGGGCGUCUGACGACAAAUUCACGACAGCGUCGUGUAACUCGAAUUGCCACACCUAUACUUCGCACCGCAACGGACCAUUGGGUGGUCGGCCUCGACACUGCACUUGCCAGGUCAAAUCUGAGCCCUUCGAGCCGGCCGGCGUCCUGCUCAAGCAGGUCUCGCUUGUCGGUCUCGCUGCGCGGCUUGUUGACUGACGACAUGGCCUGCAGAAGCUUCGACUGGCGGACGAGUCAACGACGGACAGCGAAGGCAAGCACAGGUAGUUUGCGAUCCACGCUGACCGUCCGUCCAUGCGCCCCUGGUCCAUGCACGGCAGACAGGAUUAGUGCUCGCAUAUAUGCACCCAAUUCCUCGUACAUAUUGCAGCACAGCAGCAUGCGACCUCGACUGGCGACUGAACCCAUGUAUGGCCAUCGACGAUCACUCGUUCUGAGCCGUCCAUCCCCUCCCCCCCGCACGCCCCGGAGGAGCCUUGCACUUUGCAUACUGAACAGCAUCGCGCUCGAACCGCUGGUUCAGCGCCAUUGGGUUUACGGGAGCCACAGUACUUCAGCCGGCAGCCUUGCAGGCGUCACGGAAUUGACCAGGCGCCCUCUGGAGGACCGUCCUCGACUACCCGGAGUACAAGCCACGGGCAGACAACCUGCUCCGCGGGCCGCUGUUGCAGGGUGGCAUGGGGGGCAGUUCAACCCUGCGAAGCUUUCGCGUCUGAGCCGCUAA